AUGGCGAACAUCACGGACGCCACGUGCGACUUUGGACUCGCGCAGACGGAGGACGGAUGCAUCCGAACGCUGGCAUCCUACGACCCGAGCUCGUACCACACGACCCAGGCCGUCUACUUGGCGCUGGGCGGCAUCAGCGUCGCAGCUAGCGUCAUCCUUUACGUUCGCUCCGUGAAGCACGAGGGUGCUCUGCUCCAGCAGUACAGCUUCCUGUUCUGCUGCUACGGCGCCGUGACCAUGGUGAUUCGAGGCGCGGACCCCCUCAGCUAUGGAUAUGUCAUCCCGCGACCGAUUAGCGCCUUCCUCGCCGAUACCUGCACCGCCGCGCUGUACUCCGUGUAG